ACUGGAUCAGGCCCUGAGAGACUUGACUACAGAGACAGACCAAGAGCUUCAGUGUUCAACUUUGGAGCUCUGCGUCCCACCUACCGCCACGCUCUCCGUCAGCCUCCGUCUACCACGCAGACACUUUCGCCCCUUCCCUUCCUUCGAUCUGAGCGGCGAGGUCUGAAUCGGAGCAUCACCGACAAUCUGUUUAUCACUGACAGCAUUUUAUCUCCGCGACCCAAGGCAGUCUCGGCAAUUGCAGAAUCGUUUGGUCCACGAUCCCACAUCUACCUCUACCCUUCCGUCAAUAACUCCGUGGAUUUUUCCACGAUGUCCUACAAUCCUUAUGGAGCAGGAAACCCGUAUGGGCCGCCUCCGACUUACGGUGGCUUCCCGGGGUCCAAUGGCGCCCCAGGCAUGGCUCCUCCACCUGGUCUAGGCCCUCCGCCAGGCAUGUCUUCCGCUCCGGGAAUGGCACCACCUCCCGGUGUCCAGCAGUCCAACAAUGCCCAAGCUAACCGACAAAGCGGCCUGCCGCCUAACUUCCAAGCUCCCGCGAACCUCCCAAAUAUCAACUUCAGUGCACCCGUCAUUCGUCUUGGUACCAUAGGUGGCAAGACAGGCGGCCCUGAUGUCGGCAGAAAAGACAGCAAUGCUCCGAGCGGCGGACGACAAGGAUUGGGUAUGGACCGCGGGUACGAUCAGUCCCGCGCUGCCGCACGCGAGCACAUGCAGUCCCUGGUCCCGCCGACCAACGAGGAGAAGUUGAGAACAUUAUUCAUUCAUAAAAUUCCUGAAGGCGUAAGAGGCGAUGAAGGCAUUGAAUCCAUCCUCAACUCUGUCGGAAAACUUCGGAGAUGGGACGUCGCUACUUCAGUGCUUUCUGACGGCAAAGGAGCAAAGUUUGGCUUCGCGCAGUACGAGGAUGCCGAUUCCUUUGCAACCGCUUGCGAUCUGCUCCAAGACGUCGAGGUCCCCCUGAAGCGACAAACCCCAUCCGAAAGUGUACCAUCGGAAGGCGACUCUUUCGAUGGAGUUGAAAUGGUCAAGCUUCAAGUCGCCAUUGACCCGAGCUCUCUCAAGUACAUCGAAUCUUACAAGGAAGGCAGAGGUGAUGAUAGUAGUGCCGAAUCCCGGACAAAGACUGCCAAGGAUACUCUGAAGCAGGUAAUCCGAGACCUGGUGUAUCCCAAAUCCGCAAGCACAGCCGACGGCGAAGGCGAUGUGUCAAUGGGCAACUCCGGAGAGAACGUCGAGGUUGUCAAUAUCCCUCUGGCUCAAGAUGACGAGCUUGCAGAUAUCCCUGCGGAGAUGAGAGAAGUUGUCGCCGCAGAGAUCGCAGCAUUCAGAGAACGCAGCAACAAGCGAGAUCUGGAGCGUCUCAAACGCGAGGAAGAGAUGGAGGAGAUGGAAAGGAAUCGCAAUGGACCCUCACGGUCAUCACGGCUGGAUUCUCCGCCGCCCUCUAACUCCAAUAAUAUUCCUGUUGGACCCCGUGGGAUGCACAACGCGCCCUCGGGCCCCAGAGGACAGAAUGGGUCCCGCACGACAUCCUUCGUGAACGGGGGUAUUUCGAACGCCGAAUUGUCUAUUAACCGCGAAGACGAAGAUACGGAGGCCGACGACGAGGAGAUCUACCAGCGGGAGCUCUCGAAGCAAAAGUCAGAGGAAGAAAAGAUGUAUCUUGAGGCGGAGCGGAAAUGGGUGAACAGAGAACGUUCCCGUGCUGCAGCCUUGGAGAGAGAAAAGGACCGUGAAUUGCAGGAUGAGGAGACGCUGGAGAGACGCGUACAAGAGCAGCUUGAACGGGAAAAGGCCUGGGAUGACGAAAGAGAAGCGUCUAGAAAGAACCACUUGUACUACCGCGACCAUGCGGGCUGGGUGAAGAAGCGACAAAUCGAACGAGCCGACGAACAAGCCAGGGACGAGGCAGAUCGGAGGGCUGAAGAGGACGAGCGCCGGAGAGGGGCUGCAGACAUGGAGAGGGCGCGCGGCAUGGCCGACUCCUUCCUUGACCAACAAGCCCAUGAGAUGGAGCAGCGACAACAAGCAGCCGCGUCCGCACCAGCGCCCUUCAAGUUAUCGCUGGGUGCUGCGGCUCAGCGCGCACAAGCCCAACGCGUGGCUCCCCAACGACGGACUGUUGCUGAAGUGGAGGGUCUUCUCGACGACGAGGAACAAGACAGCACAACGAGAAGACAACUUAUCCCCAUCCAGUUCGAGCCUACGACUGCGGCGGAUAAGAUGACCGAGGAGGAGAUCAGCAAGGCCGUUCGUGCUCUUGCCCAGGAAAUCCCGUCAGAGAAAGACGGCCUAUGGAACUGGGCUGUGCAGUGGGACUUUUUGGACGAUGCCAUCAUCCGUGACAAGCUCCGUCCAUUUGUCGAGAAGAAAAUUGUCGAGUAUCUAGGCGUACAAGAGGAAAUGCUUGUCGAGGUCGUGGAGGAGCAUCUUCGGAAGCACGGGAAGCCUUCCGAGCUGGUGGAAGAGCUUGCAGCGGCAUUGGAUGACGAGGCAGAGGAUAUGGUCAAAAAGUUAUGGCGCAUGGUCAUCUUCUUCACGGAAAGUGAGAAGCGUGGAUAUCCAGCAUAG